GCAACCCGUAAUCAUUGUUCGCCAGGCGUCACUGCAAAGAAACAACGUAACCAGGAAAAGCUUGGCAGAGUGUCACAGUUGAUAGAAAGUCCGGAAUUCUCGCCAAUGAUGCGCGAAAUGGCCAACGCGGCGAUGGAAAUUACAGGGACAAGCUCUGCGAGCGUGUGAAUGUAACAAGAUUCACGGACUGGGUUUAAGCGGCUUUCUGCGGUAAUUAAUCAGUCCCGCCAUGCAGGGAUUGUGCUUUAUUAGUUCUGUUAGUGAUACAGAAAAACUUAAAAUGUCCUAAGCAGCUCCAAACUAUUCUGUGAUUUGACUGCGUAUAAAAAAAGAAAACAAAACAAAGAAGAAAGAAAGAAAAAAAAAGAAAGAAAGAAAGAAAGAAAAAAGGAAGAGAAAAAAGUCCAUGCGUCCUGAUUGAACUAACAAGCUUUGGGGGUUUUGUUGGGUUUUUUUUUUUUUUUUUUUUUUUAGAUCGCGUUGAACAACAGCUGUGAAUGUUUUCUCUUCUGGAAUUGAAUUCGACAGCGCGUGAAUUCAGCGAAUACGGAUUUUACCUAGCGACUGGCGGACACUGUGUGAAUUGAGCUUCAUCAUCUUGCGCCCACUGUUUCGAGAUCGCCGUGCAUUAUAGCCACACGACAUAAGGGAUUACACGGAGAUACGACAGACUCGUCUAACGCGAGUUUCAUCAUCGUCAUUCGGCCGCCGGAGACUGGUAAAAGGGGAUUUGCUUAUCACAUAAACACAGUCUAUUGCGCUGGAGGGAUUAUAUAAAUGUCGAAUCUAUGGGCUCGGGAUCUAUUUUUACUGUGAAGAUAAUGCAGAGAGAACAAAAAAAAGAAAUUAAAUAUUUAGGAACAGGAGGAAAGGGAUUCGGUGGUUAUUUAAUAUUUUGGAUCCAGCGGAAAAAGAAAUUCCUUUACCGCCAGUGAAGAUCAGAGGCAGAAGAUAUACAAUAGUUUCGAACAAACGAAAAAAGGUUGAUUAAUGUUUAAAUAUUUUACAAUCUUCGAAAACUGGAUUGCACAUCACUUUGAAGACAUCGUCAGUUGGUUAAAUAUAAAAAAAAUAUUUAUUUCUUUUACGAAAGUGUAAAAAAAAAAAAAAAAAAAAAAAAAAAGGAUUUGACUUUACAUGGAAAAUAACAGACUGAAUAAAUAUAAAUUCAGGAUUUGUUGGAAACACGAUUCACCAAUAUUUAAUAUUAAUGAGUCAGUGAAAACACACCAUCGUCAGUGACCUUCUGAACAAAGCGCAUCGAUUUUCAAGUGGAUUGCUUCAUGAUUUAUUGUAUGUUCUCAAAGUGCUUAUAAGGCUGCCACCAUAGUAUGUGUUUUAGUGCUAUACAUAAUGUCGGAAGGUGACGCCAUUCGGAUACUGUCGUGGGCUGAGUUCGUUGCCUGUCCACACAAGCUGAGUUCGCUAUUUACCAAGUCAGGAGGAACGUUCAUCUAUGAUGAACAAGUCGUGUGCGACCUGACUACACCAGAAAGUUCUAAUAUUGGACUGACCUUGCAAAGACACCAGCUGGUGCUCAUAGUGCAGAAUGUAGAUCACAUGGCAUAUCUGAUGGAAGAAUUCCUGCGCAAACUCCUGCUCAUGCGUGUUACUGUAAUUCACACAGAGAUUGCUAGCCGAUACAGUGUGGAGACUAUUUCCAUUCUAGAAGAUGAUUUCGCCGUGUUGGUAAACUCCAGACACCCGUCCAUUAAAACCCGACUGACAGACGGACUGAAGAGAGCGGCCACCUGCAUGUCCCGGUGCGAGAAGUUCUGUCUGGAGUUUGACAUGUCCGAGCUGAUAGGAAACUGGUAUUCCGAGCAGCGUGGCGCCAUCACGAGCUGUGACGACAUUCACCAGGUGAAAACGAGGCGCACGCGCAUCUACGUCACGAACCAUUCUAUUUAUAAACACUGCUUCGACUGCCAGACGAAGUGGUGUUUUUUCUUGUGUAUCUGCUGGCUCUUCUCUGCUCCUUGUUACAUGAGCUAUAGAAGUUUCACGUGUGUUGAUAUUUACAUCAGUCUACAAGGGGAGAUAAUUUCAGCUAACCAUAUGCAAGAUGAGACGAGCAGGGUUGCCGUGACUUCACAGGUGAAAGGUUAUCAAGCACUGUGAAAAAAACCAGAACUACUAGUAUGAAACCCACGUGGUGACGUGUGAAGUGUCAUGACAUUUCACCUUUGACACUUUCAUCACUACAAAUAUAUUGGAGAUCCAGCUUUAAUCUGUUAUUGGUUUAUUUAAUAUAAAGAUUAUUGCUAUAACCACA